AUGAUCAAUAAUUCUGAAUGUGAUGGAUCCGUACCAGAAAAUUGUAUUUGUCCCAGAUGCAAUGUUCAUAUGAAUAAAAUAAAAAAACCUCAACUAUUUGAUACUCGCAAAGAACAUAAUACAUUUUCAUCAGAUGGCAUUAAAGAACGCCGAUGUUCUAUAGAUCGUUUACAAACUGUUCGUUCCAAUAUGCAUAAAACAAGGAAUCAUAAUUCGGAAAAAUUACUAGAAUUAAAUCCCUAUUUAAUUUUGGAUACUGAUCCAACAUUGAAAAAUUUAAACUUUUCAAAUCCAUUAUCCAGAUAUCCUCAUUCAUUUGGCGAUAAAAAGAAAAAUAAUACAACACAAUCUAAGUAUGAACUAGAACAGAAUGGUAGACGCGAUGAUCCGUUUCAAUAUCAUAAUAAUUCAAAACAAUUGUUAAAAAAUAAUGAGAAUCAUGUAGAUCAAGAGGACUUAAAAAAAAUUGAUCUAUUUAAUCAUGCGUCAAUUAAGAAGUACGAUAUGCAUACAAAACAGCCAUCUGUUAAUCAUCAAUGCGAGAUAUUACCGACGGUUCCUUCGAAGUCUCUUCAUAUGUCUACAAGUUAUUCGCAAAAAAAAGAAUGCUCAUCUACAACCAUAAAUUGUGAUUUGAAUAUUACAAUUAAUCCUAAGAAUAAAGAUAUUAUGGAUAUUCCACAUCAGAAAACGCUUGUCAACCAUUUACAAACAGCUACAUUUAUGCCUGUAGAAUUAAAAGAAACAUUGAAACCAAUGAAAAUUAUUAAAGAUACAUCCAAAGUAAAAGAAUCAUUAAUGAUUAUUAAAGAAGACAAACAUAUUAUCGAAAAAACAAGUCCAAAUCCAAAAUUAAUACUUAAUAGUGAUAUCAAUGAAAAACAAAAAUCAAAAUCAUCUGAUAAAAACAAUAAAGUAUUAACUCCUAAAACUAGAAAGCAAACUGAUAAUGUAAAUAAUACAUCCGUGUUUCCUGUUAAUUCAUUAAGAACGCACGUGGAUUUAACAUCGGAAAAUGCUCGAAUAAGCUUAGAAUCUCCGGUAGACGUUAGUAUAAGAACAGAACAAGAGUUUAUGAUUAAUGAACCAAAUAAAUUAACUUUCGACCGUUUGUUUUCAAGUACUCCAAAACAAAAAGAUAAUUUUGAAUAUCAUUCAGCCUUAAGACCAAGUUUAUUUUCUAAUAUGCCACCAUACAUACGAUUUUCUUCACAUGAUAUUAAAGGCGAAUCUUUUCCAUUAUCGUUACAAAAGUUAUUAAAAUGGAAAUUAAGUUCUAUAACACCAAUUAUUGUCCGUCGAACUAUUCAAAAUAGUGGUUUUAAAUUCGUAAGAAGUGAACAUUGUUUAGUUCAAAAUACAACUGAUCCUUCUAUCGUAUCUAAUCAAUCUAAUGCCGUUUCUUUACAAAAUCACUGUGGUGUUACACCUCCUAUUAUUGAUGCUUUCUGUGGUGUAGCUCCUCCGCCUAAUGAAUUAAUGAUGUUACCCCGAUCACAAUCGAAUGAUUGGGUCGGAACUUGGGGUAAACAUAUGAAAUCGUUAGGUUUUAAAACACUUUGGGAACAGCAAAAACUUAACCAUUUUCCGGGUACUUUUCAAAUUGGUCGUAAAGAUAGGUUGUGGAAAAACUUGCAACGUUUAAUGUCAAAAUAUGGUAAGGAACAUUUUGGCUUUAUACCCACAUCAUAUAUAUUACCUCAAGAAACCAGACUUUUACGACAAGUUUGGGAGAAAAAUGAUGAAGAUAAAUGGAUUAUUAAGCCGCCAGCAUCAGCUAGAGGAUCUGGAAUUCGUGUCGUAUCAAAAUGGGCUCAAGUACCAAAGAAAAUUCCUUUAGUUGUACAAAGGUACAUAGAUAAUCCAUAUUUAAUCAAUGACACCAAAUUUGAUUUAAGACUUUAUAUACUCAUCACUUCAAUCAAUCCACUUCGUCUAUACCUCUAUGAUAAUGGGCUUGUACGAUUUGCUUCAGUUAAGUAUUCAUCUGACCUUAGCACUAUAUGUGAUCGAUAUAUGCAUUUGACAAACUACAGUAUUAAUAGACUUAGUAGCCAGUAUACUGAAAAUGAAGAUGCUAAUGCAUGUCAAGGUCAUAAAUGGACGUUACGAUCAUUAUGGACGUAUAUGGAGAACGAACUCAAAGUUGACGUUAAAAAAUUAUGGAAAAGCUUAGAAGAUCUAGUCGUAAAAACUGUCAUUAGUGGUGAAUCACCAAUGAGUCAAAUGUGUUAUUCAAAUCUGAGUAAUAGAUAUAACGCUUAUGAGUUGUUUGGAAUAGAUGUACUGUUCGAUGAAUAUCUUAAACCUUGGAUAUUAGAGGUCAAUAUAUCUCCUUCAUUGCAUUCAUCUUCUCCGCUCGACUUGGCUGUAAAAGGACCUUUGAUUAAAGACCUAAUGAAUAUGGCUGGUUAUCGUAUCCCAAAUAAAAUGUCUCGCAGUACACAUAGUACUUUACUAAAGAUGUUAGGAGUCAAAUCAACACUAUGUUAUGAUAAGAGAUUAUAUACAUUAAAUUUAUCUGCUAAAGAAAAAGAAAAACAAGAAUAUUAUACAAAUAUUGAAUCCAGGGCAGAAUAUAUUGAUAGCAUAUUAGAAGAUUUAUUACCAGAUGAUAUUCGAAAUCUAAUUAUUUAUGAAGAUGAACUUACUCAAAUAGGCUCAUUUCAAAAAGUAUUUCCAACCACUUCAUCUUAUAAAUACCAUCAAUACUUUGAUAGCUCCAGAUAUUAUAAUAUGCUUUUAGAUGCAUGGGAAUGUAAAUAUAGUAAUAAAAGAGGAGAAGGUAUUGCUGUGCUAGAAAAAUUAUGUCAGUUAAAAAUUCACCUAGAAGUGCCAGAAAUUAAUGAACAACCAAAAACUAGCGACAUCCUCCAAGAUACACAAGUAGAAACUGAAAAAAUAUUGGAAAAAUCAGGUGGCGAUAAAAUAACUGACAUUUAUCAAGCGGUCGUCAAGUAA